AUGUUCACCAUCCACCGGUUCGUAGUCUCUGUACUACUCAUCCUCACCGUUACAUUUGUCUUCUUCGCCCAGACGGCCCAAGCUGUCAAAGGCCCCAAGAUCACCCACAAGGUGUACUUCGAUAUUAGCCAUGGCGACGAACAUCUGGGUCGCAUUGUAAUGGGUCUUUAUGGCAAGACUGUCCCAAAGACCGCCGAGAACUUCAGAGCAUUGGCUACUGGCGAGAACGACUUUGGAUACGAGGGAUCUACCUUCCACCGUGUUAUCUCAAACUUUAUGAUUCAGGGAGGUGAUUUCACAAAGGGUGAUGGCACUGGAGGAAAGUCGAUCUACGGCAACAAGUUCCCAGAUGAGAACUUCAAGUUGAAGCACUCCAAGACCGGUCUUCUCAGCAUGGCCAACGCCGGAAAGGACACCAAUGGCUCUCAAUUCUUCAUCACCACAUCGACCCCAGGUCAUCUCGACGGCAAGCACGUCGUAUUCGGCGAGGUCCUCGAGGGCUACGAAAUCGUCAAGGCGAUCGAGGGAGUACCCAAGGGACAAGGCGACAAGCCCAUCAAACCCGUCAAGAUCACAAAGAGCGGAGAGUUGCCAGUGCCAGAAGAAGAUGACGAAUACGGAUAUGCCGAAUUUCAACCGGGGAUGAGCGAGCCCGAGACUGCUCCCCCGGCUGCUGCUGCUACCACCAUUGCAGCGAUCCCUGUCGUUGGCGAGGCCGAGGUUGAUACUACUCAGGUCGAGGGCUUCAGCAUCCUGCAAAAGGGUCUCUUUUUGGCAGUCAUUUUGGGUUGCGUUGCGGUUUAUAUUCGGAUGAAUAGCAAAAAGGGAAGAAGCAGCAAGUUCACGGAGAAAAGCAUGGCAUGA